AUGUCUUGGAUAGGAAAUAUGGAGAACAAUCUGACUGUGGUCACUGAGUUUUUUCUGUUAGGAUUUCAAGGCAGCCAACAUCUAAGAAUUUUCCUGUCCUGUCUUCUCCUGGUGAUCUACACUGCAGCGAUAGGUGGAAACCUUCUGAUCAUAUUACUGGUGUCCAUCAGUAAGAAUCUCCAAACUCCGAUGUACUUCCUCCUCACACAACUGUCCAUCAAUGACAUCUUCCUGACCACAGAUGUUGUUCCUAAUAUGCUCCACAUUCUUCUGAAUAAUGGGGGGACCAUUGCCUUCAAUGACUGUAUCAGUCAGUUGUACUUUUUUGGAGCAACUGAAGCAUCUGAGUGUCUCAUUCUCACGGUGAUGUCUUAUGACAGAUAUGUGGCCGUCUGUAAUCCCCUCCGAUAUUCUUCUAUAAUGACAAGUGGACACUGUGUGCAGUUGGCCAUUAUGUGUUGGGUAUUAGGUUUUUCCAUCGUAUUGAUUUACGUUAUAACAAUAUCAAUGCUUACAUUUUGUGAACCUAAUGUCAUUGACCAUUUCUUCUGUGAUUAUGUUCCUCUGUUGGAAAAAGCUUGUUCAGACACCUUUAUUGUUGAAGUUCAAGUUACAGUACUUAGUGUACCAUUAGUUAUCAUCCCAAGCAUCAUAAUCAUAGUAUUAUAUGCAAGUAUUAUUGUCACCAUCUUAAGGAUUCCAUCUAAUAUCGAUAGGAAGAAAGCCUUCUCCACCUGCAGCUCCCACCUCGUAGUCGUCUGCAUAUUUUAUUGGACUAUUUUCACUGUUUAUGUCUUCCCAACAAGGGGGCAAACGUUGAUCAUCAGUAAACUUCUAUCCCUGCUCUACACUGUAUUCACCCCAUUCAUCAAUCCCAUCAUAUACAGCUUGAGGAAUAAAGACAUUAAGAAAGCCGUAUAUGAAACAAGGAACAAGUUUUCACGACUGGCUAUGAAGUGGCAAAUUUAA